AUGAAGAAAAUAUUAUGUUUCGCUUUUUUAUUAGAAUAUGCCAUCACUUUGAUAUAUGCAAAAAUAAACAAUGUGUCAAAUAGUUCUGUGCCACGGAUAGCCAAAGAAGGUGAAAAUGAAAAAAUUAUAACAUGCGUUACUGAAUAUGUGAUUAAAGGUGAUUUACAUAUUGAUGAUGGUGGGUUUUGCAGUACCAGUACAGAAUCUUCAUCUAACGGGGAUGAGUCAAGUGUAGAUGUAGGAGUUGACAAUCCAGGAGCUUAUUGUGAUAACUAUUAUGAUAUAACUUUAAUUGUUGAAGAAACAAAUUUCGUUCAAAAGGAUUAUUGGUUAAAAGGUACUAUUCCAUUUUUAGAAUCAAUGAUAAGAAAUACAAGAAUUAGCAAAGAUAAAGCUCAUAUGUCUCUUAUACUUUUUGCUUAUGAUCAGCGAGUUAUUGUUCCAUUCACUGAUGAAAUUAGUCAAGAUAAGGACAAGUUCAUUGAAAAGAUUAGAACUAUAGAUGAUGUAGGAAAAAGUGCUGACACUUUAUAUGUGUAUGCAUUGGAAUACGCUAUGGAAAAGGUUAUAUUUGGAAAUGGAACACGAGAUAAUGCUCCAAAGGUAGCCGUAUUAUUUUAUUAUGGUUUUGAUUAUGGAGCAAACAAAAGUUUAAUACCGGAUGUGGUUAAAGAUUAUAGGGAUAAGAAUAUAAAACUUAUAAUUGUUGGAAUUGCUUUAGGUAAUACAGAUAAUGCAUAUUUACUUGCAAAUUGUUCUAUUGGUGAAGCAAAUUGUGCUAAUGUCAUUUUUAAGCCGUGGGAUUUUGUGAUUCCAGCAGCGGAACAGGUAAAGGCAAAAAUUUGUAGUAAGGAUAAUAGUGCAUAG